GCAGAGAGACGCUCCGUUGACUCGUACGAUAACAAAGGAGAAGAAGACCACAGGAAAAGUUCUCGAAAAUGUCCGAGUACGACCAGAUCCAGAAGAGCUCCCUAAAAAUUAAGGGUUUGGGAGACCUUUCAGCAGGAAAGAAGAAGAAGAAGAAGAACAAAGAGAGCAAGCAUCGCUUGGAGCAGGUUGUGACGAGCCAGAAUGAGGAGGAGGAGGAAGUGAAAACAAAGAAAGCGUACAUCGACAAAAGGACCCCAGCGCAAAUCGCUUUUGACAAGAUGCAAGAAAAGAGGCAAAUGGAGCGAAUUUUGAAGAAGGCGUCAAAGACUCACAAGCACAGAGUUGAGGAUUUCAAUCGCCAUCUGGACAACCUUACGGAGCAUUAUGAUAUUCCAAAAGUCAGCUGGACCAAGUAAAAAA